AAUACUACGGACACACUUUCUCUCUCUGUCUCUCCCUCCCUCCCUCUCCAUUUCCCUCACCGCCAUUAAUCAAAUUCAACCUAGACAGAGAGAGAGAGGGAUCGAAAUCGACAGGGGAAUUCGAUAAUGAGGGAGAUCUUACACAUCCAGGGAGGCCAGUGCGGCAACCAAAUCGGCUCCAAAUUCUGGGAGGUUAUCUGUGACGAGCAUGGCGUUGAUCCGACCGGCCGCUACAAGGGCGAAGAAGGAAGCGCCGCGGCCGAUCUCCACCUCGAGCGCAUUAAUGUUUAUUUCAACGAGGCUUCCGGCGGCCGUUACGUCCCCCGCGCUGUCCUCAUGGAUCUGGAACCUGGAACCAUGGAUAGCAUCAGAUCUGGACCGUAUGGCCAGAUCUUCAGGCCGGACAAUUUCGUCUUUGGACAGUCCGGUGCUGGAAAUAACUGGGCCAAAGGUCAUUAUACCGAAGGAGCUGAGCUGAUCGAUUCCGUUCUCGAUGUUGUUCGCAAGGAAGCUGAGAAUUGCGAUUGUUUGCAAGGUUUCCAGGUUUGCCACUCACUUGGAGGUGGUACUGGUUCUGGCAUGGGAACUCUCUUGAUUUCAAAGAUAAGGGAGGAGUAUCCAGAUAGAAUGAUGCUCACAUUCUCUGUCUUCCCAUCACCAAAGGUCUCUGACACAGUUGUGGAGCCCUAUAAUGCAACACUCUCUGUUCAUCAGCUGGUGGAGAAUGCAGAUGAAUGCAUGGUCCUUGACAAUGAAGCUCUCUAUGAUAUCUGUUUCAGGACCUUGAAACUCAGCACCCCAAGCUUUGGCGACCUCAAUCAUUUGAUCUCUGCAACCAUGAGUGGAGUAACCUGUUGUUUAAGAUUCCCCGGGCAGCUGAACUCCGACCUUCGGAAACUGGCUGUGAAUUUGAUCCCCUUCCCCCGCCUCCAUUUCUUCAUGGUGGGAUUUGCUCCGCUCACCUCUCGCGGGUCUCAGCAAUACAUUUCCCUCACUGUCCCGGAACUGACCCAACAGAUGUGGGACUCCAAGAACAUGAUGUGUGCAGCGGACCCCCGACAUGGGCGUUACCUGACUGCAUCUGCCAUGUUCAGAGGGAAGAUGAGCACCAAGGAGGUGGACGAGCAGAUGAUCAACGUCCAGAACAAGAACUCGUCCUACUUCGUCGAGUGGAUCCCCAACAACGUGAAGUCAAGUGUGUGCGACAUUCCUCCAACCGGGCUGAAGAUGUCGUCGACGUUUGUUGGGAACUCGACCUCAAUCCAAGAGAUGUUCAGGAGGGUGAGCGAGCAGUUUACGGCCAUGUUCAGGCGCAAGGCCUUCUUGCAUUGGUACACCGGGGAGGGGAUGGAUGAGAUGGAGUUCACGGAGGCGGAGAGCAACAUGAAUGAUUUGGUGGCGGAGUAUCAGCAGUACCAAGAUGCCACUGCUGAUGACGAGGAAGAAGAGGAAUACAAUGACGGAAAUCAAGAGUAUGACUCUUAAUAAGAGCUUCUUCACCAAGACCAGACACCCUCAAUUUCCUAAGCUACGUUUUUUUUAAAAAGAUUAUCAUUUUCAUUCAAUGACUCUUCAUAUGCUUGAUUGAUUCGCCUUUCCUCUGUUUAAACUCUUUCUCAAGCGCUGGCUUUUCAGAAAGUUAUCAUUUGUUCAAAUCCUUGAUAUUUCAAAUUCUAUAUGCUGCACUGCGUUUAGCAAACACACAAAUCUUACAAACUCUUGCCACUAAAUUUUCAUCUAUUGC